AUGACAAGCGCAAAAGGACAUUGGAGCAUAGUGCCAGGGGAUCAAGGGCAACCAACUCUUGCAUCCAUCAAACCUGGAGGAACUGUGUCGUUUGGGCACCGCAACAUCUCUGGUUUGAACAGGCCUCUCGCGAGUUCAAUUGCAUCCACUACAAUACUUGAUGAUCUCUCGUUCAAUUUUGAGUAUGAGCACCCUUAUGUGGAUGGUGUGGAGAACUUUAGUAGAAACCGCACCUUCAAAACUAGCUUCUUCAACACCAGGAAAUUAAGUCCUAUCUUUGUUGCUGGUCCCAGCAUGGAUGCAGCUCCGCCGAUAUGGAUUGACAGAGUUGGACUAAAAGUCAAUAUAACAGAGAAAUUCACAAAGCCGAGCAAAUUUACAUAUGGCCUCGUGUUAGAAGAGAUUACAGCACGCGAUGAAAAGAACAACAUAUGUACAAAUGGUUCUUGAAUAUUGCCUAACGGCGCCUUAAGGAUGGAUGGACCUCCCACAACCUUCAGUGGUACUGGUGUAGAUCGAAUGGCAUUUCUACAAGCUAAUAUGACUCGAGAUAAUACAGAGUUUGUAAAUGGUGCGACUAUUGGGGACAGAUGUAUAUUCCAGGUGGACCAAAGUCUGGGAAUUGGAAGUGAAAACCCGCUGUUCAACCGUCAUCAGCUUUCUGUGACAAAGUUCAUAAAUUUGAACAAGCAGGAGAAAGGUCCUGGCAAGCCACCACCAGCUGUUUUGGCCCUUCAUUGUCGUUACGCAGGUUGUGUAGGAGAUCUUCCAAGCUAUGAUGCAUUUGCACUUGGAGGACCUCAUUCAGUUAGGGGCUACAGUAUGGGGGAACUGGGUGCAGCCAGGAAUCUCCUUGAGGUUGCCACCGAGUUACGCAUUCCUGUCACUGUGAUGGACAAACAAGCAACGGCUUACGCAUUUGCUGAUCAUGGCACUGACCUCGGUAGCUCCAAGGAUGUGAAAGGAAACCCAACAGAGUUGUUCCAACGGUCCUCCUAUGGCGUUAGCAUCAAGUUUGGCGCGGUAAGAGCAGAGUUCACUAUGGAUGACAAUAUUGGUACUGGAGCAUUCUCGUUGGGAUUUGGCGAGAGAUUCUGA